GUUUCCCGCUAACGUGCAGAGAUGCCAGAUUCCGGCUAGCAUUUGGCAGCAUGGAAGAAGAAGACGCAUACAGGCUACGUGUCGUGUCCGUGUGCGCUCGAGACGCGGUUUCAAGGCCGCGUGGUAGCUUGUGUGCGUCAUCUCUUCCACAUGCCAUCAAAUGCUACCAGCGGCCGGAGUCUGGCAUUUCUGCUGUAAGAAAGCCGGCUGCAGACUUCUGGUACGUCUUGUUAUUUACACCAAAGAUGUUAAGAGCUGUUGAAAGUGGUCAUCAACGUGAUGAAACGGGCGAAAAUAAUCACGCGACCAAACCAGUAGAAAAAAGUCUCAGAUCUGAGUUUAUAUGCAGAAUGAAGUACGGCAACACGCUGCCGGAUAUUCCGUCCGACCCGAAGUUCAUAACGUAUCCCUUCAAAACGACCAGGUUUGUUGAAUACAACCCAACCGACCUGGAGCGCACUUACAAGUACGAGAUAUUGAUGGAAAAUGAUUUGGGCGUCGACAUCGAUCUGAUCAACAAAGACAUGUACGAGGGCGAUCCGAAUGCGCAGUUGGACCCAACGGAUGAGAAACUGUUGGAGGAGGAUGUUUUUCUGCCACAGAAAACCACGCGCUCCAAACAUCACUCCAAGCUGGUCUGCUGGCUUAGGCAUCCGGAAUAUAUCUCCACCGAGAAUACCAGAUUCCAGCCGCAAGCAACGGACAAGGUGGAAGCUAAAGUCGGAUACAGUAUCAAGAAGAAGCUCAUGGAGGAGGUAUUGUGCAUGGAUCGCAGGAGUCAAAUAAAGGCUAUAGAGAAAACGUUCGAGGACAAUAAGAAGCCUAUUGAAAGGCACUAUUAUAAACCGAACGUAGUGCCUUUGGAGAUACUACCAGUAUAUCCAGAUUUUACGUUGUGGAAAUAUCCAUGCGCACAGGUCAUUUUUGAUGCUGAUCCUGCGCCUACUAGUCAGCCCGACGCCGCGCAAAUUGAGAAGCUAUCACAAGCUAUGAUACGAGGCGUAGUGGACGAGGAAGGCGAACAAUUCGUCGCUUACUUUUUGCCGUCGGAGGAAACGUUGGAGAAGCGUCGACGGGACUUUAUUGCUGGUGUCAAUUACGUCGACGAUGAAGAGUACGAAUACAAAAUGGCAAGAGAGUACAAUUGGAACGUCAAGAGCAAAGCCUCCAAGGGAUACGAGGAGAAUUAUUUUUUCGUCAUACGACAAGAAGGGAUUUACUACAACGAACUCGAAACGCGGGUGCGUUUGAGCAAGAGACGCCAGAAGAUCGGACAGCCGAACAAUACGCGUCUGAUAGCUCGUCAUCGACCGUUAAAUGCCAGUGAGUUCCAAAUGCAUAAAUAUCGUGAUAAACAAUUGGAAGUGCAGAGAGACGAGGACGAGUAAGCAGAAGAAAGUCUGCAGAAAGUAAGAAAGGCUAAGGGUUUGUUAUAAUAGCAAGUUCACUUCACAUUGUUCGCUAUCGAUAUAAAUAUUUGGCAAUUUUCCUGCAAUAAAUAGAUAUCUAUUUUGAUCAUUGGUAUUGGUAUUGAGUUCUUUAUGGGUUUUUUAAGGUUACAAUGCUUUUCAUCUUUUCGCACAAUUUCGCUUUUGCUUUCCUUACGUUUAUUGUCAUACUAAUUCUUAUCUCGCAAGCGCCUGCGGAAUUCUAUGUAAUUUUAUAUCAUAUUAUAUUCCGUCUGCUUAGCUCUACUUAUUUUAUUCUUAUUUUUUACACACGUACACAUUUUCUUCUCACCGCCCAAAUUAUCUUCUCUCUUCCUUCCUCAAAGUUCUUUUCCUUAGCCUUUAAUUCUCCUCUUCCCUCUUUAAAUUUUUCAAUUUCACAAGAAAGAAUUAUCCUAUUAAGCUGUAUCAUAGUGCUUGCAGAAAGCGACAUGCUUUGUAUUUAUUUCGCAUGCGUAGA